GUGUGGGGGUGUGACAGGAAAGGGACGGGGGGGAGGGGGCAGGGUGCUGGAGAUGGUGUGGAGGUCUGGUAGUGUGUAGUAGGUGGGUGGGGCAGGACAGGUUGCUGGGGGACACUGUGUGAUGGGCAGGGACAGGACAGGUACCAAGUGGGGGCAGUGUGUGGUGGGAAGGACUGGGUGCUGCAGAGUCUGUUGAUGCCCCCAGCAGUGACACAACUGCACUGACAACAGCAUCUGCCCCUUCAGCUUCUGUUUCCUUGGCUGGAAGGCUGCUCUUGUGCUAGCAUGAGCAAUAGGCCCUUCAGACCCAUUUGGAUGGGGAUACAGAUGGAGAGUAGCAAAAACUGACAGUAGGGCUGGAGGCUCCAUGCUAACAAAGAGAGCUGUAGGGAGGGUUGGGCUGGGACCCUCUUCACCUGUCUCCAGUCCCAACCUCAGGCAUCCCAGUUUAGUAUGGCCUUGGUGACCAGUGUGGUUAGUGAUCUGGACCGUGUCCAGUCUAGGAUUUAGGAGAGGGAUGGUUUAAACAGCAUUAGAUUAGCUCAGUCUCACAAACCCAGGCAUUACAUUGACUGGCUCAGCGCAUGCUAAACAUCUAAAGUACAGUUUAUUUGCUCUUGGCUCUGUGUUUAGAUGGCUAAAUAACUGUGACUAAACCAUCUUCCUACUCUGGUGUGGCCAGAGCCCAGCAAGAGGGCGCACCCAGCUCACUAAGGAGACCUGUGGCUGCUGUGAAAACGGCAGGAGUUGCAAUCAGCACAGGACAGAAAGGUUCCCUGGGGAAGGAGGAGGCUGACUAAAAGAAGGGGAGAGCAUGUUGUACUGAUUAGCCCCUGGCAGAGGACCCAGUGCAGCACCGACGGCACAGACUCUCCCCACCACAGGGCUGGAUUAUCUCGGGGUUCACGGUGCUCUGACCGGGAUUGGGGUUUGACACCCCCCCCCAAGAGUGGGGAGAGCCCAGCUGCAUUAUUCUGUGGCCAUGAGGUGCCUUGUUACUGGGGGCAAUGUCAAAGUCAUAGGGAAGGCCGUGCACUCUCUGUCCCGCAUCGGAGACGAGCUCUACGUAGAGCCCACAGAGGAUGGGCUCUCCCUGCGUGCUGUGAACUCUUCCCGCUCAGCCUAUGCCUGCUUCCUGUUCGCCCCACUCUUCUUCCAGCUUUACGAGGAGGGGAGCCUGGACCCCGAUGGGGAGACCUUCCGCUGCAAGGUGCUCAUGAAGUCCUUCCUGGGUGUGUUCCGCUCGUUGCCUUCCCUGGAGAAGAUGGUGGAGAAGUGUCUGAUUUCCCUGAACCCCCGUGCCAGCCGGCUGGUCGUGCAGCUGCACUGCAAGUACGGAGUCACCAAGACCCACAACUUGUCAUUCCAAGAGUGCGAGUUGCUGCAGGCUGUUUUCGACAAGGAGCUGUGUGCCAACACGCUGCGCGCCCCUGCCCGGGUGCUGGUGGACGCUGUGGUCCAUUUCCCAGUGACGCUGGCUGAGGUGACGCUGGGGGUCAGCCCUGCCGGGAAGGUGAGCUUCCGCAAUUACCUGGAUGAGGAGACAGAACCCAGCAGGACAAUGGUGACUGAGCUGUGCCUCUCCGAGGACGAGUUCCAGGUUGUCCAGGUGCAGCAGCAGUCCCAUGUCACCUUCUGCCUCAAGGAGUUCAGGGGUCUCCUGAGCUUUGCCGAGUCCUCCAACCUGCCCCUCAACAUCCACUUCGAUUCCCCCGGCAGGCCAGCCAUCUUCACUCUGUCGGACCCCCUGCUGGAAGUGCACCUGGUCCUAGCUACCCUGUCAGACCCCAACAGCAGCUCACAAGUCCACUCCGCAACCUUGCAGGCCCAUCCAGCCAAUGGUGCCUUUCCCACGGCUACCCCUGAUGACGACUUCACAGGUGAUGACAUUGAUUCCUACAUGAUUGCCAUGGAGACCACAUGUGAAGAGGGGCCAGGGCUGCCCUCCAGCCCCACCUUUCCCCAGAGACGCCCCCAUCCAGGCGCUGCCCUGGAGUCAGAGAGCAGUGCCAUGGAGAGCGACCUGGAGGGGGCUGUGCCAGGGACCCCUCCACAGAAAAAGUUCCGCUCCUUGUUCUUUGGGUCGGUGCUGACCCCGUCUCAGGCUGGGACCCAUCCAGGCCCCAGCCAGGAUGUGCUGGCUGAGGACAGCGAGGGAGAGUCCUGAGGGGUCACCUUCUGCAGCCUGCCCCCCAAAAAGCCUUCAAGGGCCUGCGUGGAGAAGCUGGACUUUACAACCCUCUCACCUCUGCUGGAGCAGGGCAGGAACACUAGGUGGGGCUGCUGCUUCUGAGCCACUGUGAAUAGACAUGGCCCUGUAAAUAAAGCUUUUAUAAU